AUGGGACAAAGUAAGUUGGUGUUAGUUACUUUAUUUAACAAUUAAACUGAGUAAAGACAAAUUUUCGAAAAUAAGCAUCUACAAAUGGUAGGCGGCUUAAGUGAAAUACGAAACUAACUACUGACUAAUGCAAUACUUGGAUUUACUUAUUCAGUAAAGGGUUUCCUCAAUAGUAGUUGUAGCAUGAAGUCGAUGUUUCAACAUUCAAGAACGUCGGCCUUCUACGCAUAACUGGCAACAUUAAAGAAACCGAGAUUUCUGCAAAGUGCCUCUAUAUAUGUUCAUAGAAUUCUAUCAGACUUUUAAUGGUUUAUAUUUGAAUCGCCGCGAUCAGUCUUGGUGUCUACGUUCAAAUCGUCUUCACCUGCUUGCCAGCUUUGCUUGUGGACGUUUUCCUUUCAUAUCUCAGAAGCCACAGAAACAGUCACAUUUAGCUGUCAAACUGCUAGCCAGUAUAUUGCCAAUGCAUUAUGUGUGCUGGUAGUUUUUCCAAAUCCAUUUUAGAAGCACUAGAUAUGCAAGUAUUCUCUUUGAAAGAUAGUUCGAAAAUGCAAAAAAUUGUUCAGAAAGUUGACUUGACCAUCUAGCUUGGAUCAUCUGAGUUACUGUUCACGGCGCCCUCCCCAGCUCAGCAGAACAGCUAAGUGGCUAAACUAGUGGGUGUAGGUUAACGGGCGAAAGCCCGGAUUCCAGUCCUGUUUAGGAGUCAUGCUUGGACGAAUGGUAUUGGCUGGUCUGUGUGAAUUACUACCUGGCAUAUUGGUGCAAUUGCAAGAGGACAUGAAUGCGAGGAGAGUUCACCUAUCGGGUUUUGGAUGGUGAUUUGGUUCCCUGAACGAUGUCCCAACUAACUGAAGAUUCGAUAGGUGGUCGGAACUGCCGCGUGUGUUGAUGUAUCCAGCGAUGAUUGUUAAAAUAACAAGCAUAGUCACUGUAGCGAAGCCUGACCCGCGAAAAGAUGCCGAUCCUAGAUCAGAACCCACAACGAUGGUCAGGUGACCAUUGAGAAUUACAACCCUCAAUAACAAACCAUGGUUGUAACAAAAGCAGCCCUACUGAUUGUGCGAUAGUUCUUUUUCAAACAGAUAAAACAAUUACAGACAGAUCGGCGGAAUUGUAGAUUAAAAUCAACCAGUAAGUAUUCAAGAUCGUUAAAUAACGACGGCUCAUUUCUCUCGCACGACAAAACUCGAUUUCCGCAUCACGAAUUAUCAUGUAGAAGUUGCAAAUUGUUUCCACUUUCUACUAAGUUCAUCUGUCCCACCGACAUUUUUCAUCCGUAACAAAACGUUUGGGGACCUGACAGUUGUUAAUUAUGCAUGUAAGUGGUUAAUUAAUUACGGACUAUGGGACUUAUGUGAACAUGGAAUAAUGCUCUUCAAAUGCCGUAGGGUGGAAGACAGUGGAAAUGAUGGCACAUUUUGGCCCAAUAAACACUGGGUUUUAAUAUUACUUAUCGUUAUGCGACUACUUGUGAAAACUCUACAUUGAGCCCCAGGGCACAACGGAACGAGCAUGUCUCGUAACCUGGUCGGCGAGUGCCCAUCUACUAUGGUUAAUGUUCCCGAUCACUAUCGUCAGGUCAACGAUUCCGCGGCUCAGCGGUUAGAAUGUUAAACUUACUAACGCCCGAUAACCAAAGAACGCGAGUUUGAACCUGACGACAGUUAAUAAGUCAGAAAUGGCCGCUCAGCGUUAUGCGACUGCCUUCGAAGGCUCUAGUUUGAGUUCCAGGGGACAACGGAAUGUGCAUGCCCCGCAACCUGCGCGCCCUUCUAUCGUAGUUAAUGUUAAAAUUUGUAUAGAAAAACCUUCCAUCAAAUUGCCUGCGUCCAUUAACAACCAUAUAAGUACACUCCUUAUCCAUAGCAGUCAGAAGAGUUGUAUUGUUUGAAUUUUAACGUGCAAAUGCAUGCGUAACUCCCGUCUACACUAAACGUCAUUAUCCAUGGGACUAUAGCUAAAACAGCCAAACAUAAGUCACUCGAGAACGUGUAGUGACUAAUAUAUAGACUCCGGGAAUGGCUUUUUCUGAGUCAUUUUCUACCACCAGUCAACCCUGUCCCAACAGCUGGUAGAGCUAAAUGAGAGUUCAACUCGGAUCCCCUUAGUUAAUAAUCUGACCGCUCUAAGAUUUUUGCUACGGCUUAGCCUUCAGUCUUGUUUAAUCAACUAAUCUGAUGUUAAAAGUACACCAGAUUGGCUGAGCACUGGAACGGCCUGUUUAUUGUUCUGAGCUGUUGAACUCAUACAGGAGUCCAUCCUCAACGAUAGAUGCAACGACAUCGAUAGUUGUAGGAGGUGCUGGCCCAUCAUCGAUCGAUGGCGUAGGACUGGAGGUGACUGCCCAGGGCCGGCGCCAGAUCGAUAAAUCGAUUAACCGAACCCUCAUCCAAAGCCCAGGCUUUGAUCAAUUCUCGGCUCGUUUUGUUUCCGACGCGGACGAUUAUCUUGAUAGAAUAGGUAAUUCGUCCUGUCUUGCGACUGCCGUACAAUUUCCGCAAGCAGUCGCAAAAUAGCUAUCAAUUAACCACAGAGAGGUUUGAUCGAAACUCAGAGAAAACAAAAGAGUUUCGCCCCGGCUGUUGUGACCAGCAGGCCAUUUCCCAACGACAGACUGGAUUAUUCUUCUAGUUCGUUCAUAUGAACAUGCUCAUGAGAUCUCUUCUUGCCUCGAUUGGCUACUGGAUGAGAGGGGGUGCAGACGUACUGGAAGUGCCUCCUGCAGUGGUCGUUACAACUCCGACACUCUGAGGCUAAAUGAGGAAGAAGCACGUGCCGGAGAAUCGAGCAUCGGGGUACUGUCGUCAGUCAUGUGAGUUGGACGAUAUGUGACAGUUUAAACCCGCAAACCUCACUCGAGGCUUCAAUCCAAACGCUGACGACGGUGGUAGUUGGGUGAUAGGCCUUGACAACGAAUGUUCGAAGUAAUUGAUCGUGCAUAUUUUUGAGCGUAUUGUUGGAAGGAGUGUCCGGUCACGAAUUGCGCAGCCAGCUGUGUGAUGGAGAAAUCAGUCGUCUUCAGCACGCACUGUUCAAGCAUCUGGGCAUGAAGCGAAACGAAAGUAUGUUUUCACCUAGUAUGUUAACUUAGUUAGGCGUGUGAGUUUGCCUUGUGAGAAAUGGGUUUGAUUAACGUCUCAUGUUGAUUUUACUGUUCUUGGGCGUUGAUAAUGUUUUUAUUACUAAUAUUUUCUCCUUCCGAGGCAUCGCUCAGUAACGUCUAUUGUCUGCAAUAUUUGGCUUGCUGAUCUCAACUCACCAAAAGUAUUCCAGAAUUAUUUCAAAACGAAAUAGAUGGAAAAUGGGUUUAGUUGGGUGCAGACUCUGCAGGUUUCGCCAGAACUGGAUAAUUUAUGAGUUUCAGGCCUUUAUUAAUUAAGGUUUCUUGUUCGCUCAGAAAAAUAGCCUUUCGAACAUUUGACUGGGUUUUGACGUCCCAAAAUAUCCUAACCUAGCGAAUUCUGAUGAUCUCUGUGGUUUAGGGAUCACUUUCAUUAUAUAACAGACGUUUUUGGUCUGCUCUCAAGUUCCUGCUUUAUUUCGAUUCGACGUAACUGAGGCUGGUGUAUUGUGGUUUAACUAAUCCGUCCAACAUAAAAUACUGAGACAUUAUGACCAAAAGACAGUAAUCUCCCUCAUGCUUGCAUUUGCGCCCAUAGCAAUAUUAGAUUAUCUAAAAACCGACGGGCGUAAACACUUCACUUAUUGUUAGAAAACGGGACCUCCAGUUAAAAAAAAUUCACACGAUCACAUCCUGAGACCAAUGUAUGAAAAUGGGCAACAUCCUCCACCACAUUUUGGGAAAUAAGCUGCAAUUCUGCAAACGACUCUGUUCUUAGUAUUCUGAUAUCAGACCUUAUUUUGUCUGUAGUUAUUAACAAAUGACUGAUCUGCAGUUUAUCCAAUUUUCGUCCCCUCUGGCAUGGAACAUCAGAACAGUUCGUUUAAGCUCUGAUAGCACUAAAAAUGUCUUCAGAUGUGCUUUACAACGGAAAAAUUCGGCCAGUCAUAGUCGAUAGGAUCGUACUGGCUACGGGGUUAUCAGUUAUUACACAUGCUUGCCCCUCAGUCGGGGUAUGCGGCAGAUACGCUGGACGAACAAGGGUCUAGGUCGGAAUCCGACAGGUGUUCAUGCAAAUAUGCACCCGCGACAAAUGCCAACACUGAACUGUGGUGCAACGCCCAUUUGGAGUCUGAGCUGCCCUCCCUCCCACUUCUCUUGUUGUGUGAGAUUCUGGCCAGCAUGUGUUGUGGACCAGGCGGUGUGGUGGUACGCCUAGGUGUGGGUUUUCGCUGUGUCAGCCACCUGCGUCCUCUCCUGUUUCGGUCUCCUUGUCUUUGUCUUGACACCAAGUUCAGAUGCUACUAUCACUAAAGGGGGAAUAACGCGCCCGUCACCGUCCUUGCUCUCACCCUACCGCGAAGCACGCGGUAGACAUUGUCGGUCAAAACGGUUGAACCGUCCUAGUCAUAAAUGCAAAGACCAGAUUUUUGAUCUCUGAACGGACAGACAAAGACGUAAUGGAAGGGCGGACAUAGACCAUGCUGAAAAUCCGUACGUAACGGGAACUGGUUCGUUUCUCGUUCUUCUUGGGCCCCGAACGCAGCCUCAGUGCAUGACCGGCAAGGCCCCGUUGGGCGAAAUUUGGCACACAAAACCGGAAGGUACUCCCCAUGGGGAUAAAGUAUAAUCGUGUGCGCUGCGGGCAUAUGAAGUACGCUCAGCAUCCAUGGCUUUCAUGCAGCUUUAUUUGCAGACGGGGGUUGACCGAGUAUUCUCAUGGGACAAGAGCCAACUAAAAUUGCAACCACGUACUUCGUCGGUUGUGUUCCACUAUAUGACAAUUACGAGGGUUCCACCUCAUCGAUAGGCACCCCGUGGCGUUCCCACCCUGUUUUCUUGCCUGUACUACAUUUUGCCAUUUUGAACUAUUUUAAUUUAAUCAGAAAUUAACGUGAAAACUUAAAACAAUACUUUGAGACAGGCCUCAUCAAGUUCGGUCCGGAAAUUGACAUGAAUAUUUGAGCUGAAGUCGAUCGGCUUCUGCGGAAUCACAGGCAGUCUGUUGUCAAAGCGUAUUGAUUAAUGCAUGAUACUCUCAGCAAGCGCACUAGAUGAGAGCCCAGGAACGUGUCUCGUCAUGCGAGGUCAUCGGUUCAUCACUGAAUCCUCCAGCGUUUUCAUAUAUGGUAGAUGUUAUACCUCAUGAAAUAUUACCCAAAGUUCCGAAACUCGUUUUCAACUCGAAAAUAUUACUUAAGUAGGGCUGUCGUCAUAGCAACUAUCGUGUCACAUGAUGUCAAGAUAUUCCAGUCAAGUCAAAAUGUUCACUUUCAAAUCAGCCUCUUAUCGACCGUACGCACAAACCAUGUUCGUAAAAAAAUGACUAGUUAUGCAGCUUGAAUUAUUCCUAUUGAUUUUUGAUGCACCUAUAAAUUCUAGCAUAUUUUACAGGAACCAUGAAAAUAUUCUUUCCUUUGCCCAAUUGGCAGAAAAUGACGUCUUCUUCACAUUUUUUUUGCCUAAAGAAAGAGUAUCUUUCAGUUUUUAACAUGUUUUCAACCAUGAGAUUUUUCCAGACCGUGAAAUGUCUGAACAUACAACAGCGUAUCGGCACAUUUAUCAAUUCCUCUUGUAAGGUCAACAUCUUGGUCCAUAUCAACUACGAAAUUUUACGAGCCCUAUAUUUCCUCUUCUUAACGGCAUAUUGAUAUGUGUGGUUUUCCUUACACGGAAUUUUACAGCCUGUAACCUGGAAACUGCAAAUGCAAGUGUAGCGAUAGGUCGAAUUCAAAACUAUUCGGGAACUUAAGAAGUUUUCUAAAACCGAGAGAUACUCUCCUCUUAAGCAUAGAAUUUGAAAAAUAUGUAAUUUUCUAUCAAAUGCAUUAAAAAGUGUUUAUGUAUGUCUUCCACAAAAUAUAAUUUCAUUUAUAAAGACAUCAAAAAUCAAUGGGAGUAACCCAUGCUACUCAAGUAGUCGUUUUUUACGGAACGCAACUUAUGUCAACUGUUGAUAGGAAGCUCAUUCAAAAGCCGACAUCCGGAAAUGACUCGAAUAUCUCAACAUCAUGCGACACGAUAAUUACUAGGACGACUUUAAUUGAGUAAUCUUUUCGAAUUGAAAACACACUUCAGAAUUUCAGUCAACAUAUCAUGAGAUGGCAUAUCUAGUACACAGUAUGGCAUUCCGGAACAAGGCUCUGGAGCAAGUAUUUUUGACCUUAUUCGUUGAAGAUGAUGCAAUCCAGUUCAUAUUUUCAUACAGCCCUUUUGGCAGAACCUCAAAAUUUUGUUCCGAUGAUUUUUACUUAAAAUCCACACUCUGACUUUGGUUGAAAUUAAAAGAGCUUAGCAUCUGCGACAGUACAUACGACUGCCCAAAUUUUAGAUGUUAGGUUGGACAUCAAGGGCGGCCGCAAAAUCCAGUGUUCUCACAACCUCGCUGGUGAGUAACGUUCAAAGCCAGUGGAGGCGGGCUAAGGACGAAAACCAGAAAACAAGAUAUUUCGAUACUUUUCUGUAAUUUACUGGAGCUGUUAGUAGUAGAAUAUAUUUUAAUAAAAAGACUGUUGUAUAAAGAAAGUCCGGCGUCUGACUUGAAACUCUUCUAGGGGGAGUACUGCAAUUUCUAGGUAGUGGAACCGUUUCAGGCAUAAAGUCGUGCCUCGAUCGGCUGCUUAGGAGUUUGCCAAAGUGACGUUCUCUCUAAGGACGGCAGCUUAGAUUUCAUACCCUUUUCUAUGAGCGCUGGUGUUAAUCUCGACGUGUUAUCACGAAUGGAGGUUGAUUUUCGAGCUGCCAGGUGUGAGUGUCUGAGUAAAGAAGGCGAGCGGUCGCGCACCGGAAGAGCUUGUUUAUUUUUCAAAGCUUUCAAACUCGUGCAAGAGUCCAUCGGCGAUUCGGAAGUUCAGGACGAUAAACAAUUUGUUCCGGUGCACUAUCAGUCUUCUUUUCUUCUCUAGUUUUAAGCAUUUUUUAGUGAGGAGGGACAGACAGUGACCUCCAAAAAGUAGGAAUUAAAGUGAGGCCAAGUGAAAUCGAUGAAGAGGAGGAACCAGACCCUGACCUAAUUAUCACCAUCGUUCUAACACCUGCGACCAGCCACCGCCAUCAACAAGACCCGAAAAUCUUGCUUUUGUCGUUUAGGCUUGCUUUAUAAUUAUUUGUGCUUGAAUGAUGUCACGGUCCACUCAGACAUCAUCAAAACAACCCCAGAAUUUGAGCUAAUGUGACUUUGUACAGUGCUUAGAUGAGGCUGUCCUUGCGAGUGUUUUCCUGUGCAGGCUGUCUGCAUGAAUACUUCUGUAAGUUUUAAUUUUUUCGGCACAUUUUAGUUUAUUCAGUAAUCAGAUAGGCAAACACCUGUUAAAAAUCGCUAGACCAGAAGGAAUGCGACAUUUUCAGAAAUUUUUCCGUCAGCAUGACACCUGCGUUCGAUGUGUGUCAAGAACGCUCAAAAAAACAAACGUAGCUUGAGUUAAAGUUUCUAGUUACCUUUUAAGAACUGACCAAACUAUGAGGAUGUUACCUUAAAGUACCUCGCCAGUGUGGGGCGGCGGAAGAGGUCAAACUGGCAAACCCUAAGUUCUCAUUUUUAUGUUCAUCCUCGGAGUCGGUCAAGGUCACACGCCCACCAAUUGGUCAACACUCCCUUCUCAUUCUUCCUCUGGGAGAAUCUGGUGUUCUUUGGGCGACUGAUUUACUGUGCGGGAUAAAAGCGCCAGCGGUGCUAUCAAGCGUCAAACGACUUUGCGCGACCUGUAAUUUUGCGUUCCAAGUCGCCACGCUGGACAAAAGGAAGCGAGACUGGCUGGAAUCCUAGAGGUUUACCACGCGUCCCGAAAUGGUCACAUCGAGGAGGGUGGGACCGAAUUCUCGCUAGCUGUGCGCUGCCCCAAUUCCCGACCUGCUCUUUAAAAAAACAGUCUACUGCAAUGAAGAAAAAUAGUCUAGGGUUAUUUUCCCUUCUUAUCAGUUAUACAUUUUUGUCUACGUUGGCUUUCGUAUAUCACAGAGUACCAACUAUUGCCCGUCAAUUUUUCAUGCGCAUCAGCGUUUACCGCAAUCUGUAGCCCACUAACCCAAAUCUUCCGUUUGUGGGAGGAUAUUAAAGAGGUGCUUGCACCUUUAAAACCUCUCUUCCUACCGAUCUUUUAUGCAGAGUCUGGAAGGUUAAUUAUGCAUAAUGAUUUGAGCGUGAGUGUGUUCUAGGGUCACCAGGUAUUUUUCCUAUCACGUGAGUGAAGAGUCUGUCCUUCGUUGUCCAUACCCAGAUGCAUCGAUGCCUUGGGUUUGUCUAAACCAGGCGGGACAUUGCUUGUGACGAUCAGCCUUUCCUUUUGAUAGCUCUACUGUCUGAAGGUAAAAACGAUAAAAAAAUGCGAUGCAGACGAAAAAGCUUCAGACUAAAUCAUACUCUUCAGUCAGCGUCACGGCCGUAGCCAUGGGAGCGUCUCUAAGGGAGUCAAAACAGUUCCUCCAGAUACUCAGAUUUCAAAGACCUGUUACACUUUUUAUGCGCACGGCCUGUCUCACAGUCAUAAGGUUGCCUCUUUUUUGGCUGGCACUCGGUCAACUUUUUGUGGUUCAGUCCGCUUUCCUGGGUGUUUAAGAGAGAGAGAAUAAAAAAUUACAGCUUUUAGUGCAAACACGGUUUUACCACAAAACGGUUUAUUAUACUGGAAAGUAAUGAGAGUGACCAAAUAAUAGCCAUCCCACUAGUAUAAGGUCGCCUAAUGUGUCAGCGUUUCUUCGAAUCUGGACUGAGAAUGAGACGCAAUGUACAUUUUACGUUGCAUCCGUGUUGAAGUGACUAACACCACCGGUGACGACAAUAUGGUGAGUAGCUUUCACACGGCAAUUUGUCCUUCCAGCCGACGAACUGCACUUGUCUUCUACAAAUGUUGAGAAUAGUGCUACUGGCGGACUUUAAGAGGUUUAAGGUGAGAUUUCCGCCUUUCGAGCAAUGAGUUCGAUUAGUGGAGAAAUCGCACGACGCCUGAAAAGAACAGAGACUACGGUGAAAAUUGACGCAAAAAGAAACUAACCGGAGGAAGACUAAGAAGGAACAGAAGAAAACGACGGGAGAUGAAGAGGACGAGGAAGGUGAGAAAUUCUACACAUCAGUCAGAAAGGAAAGUACCAGGUGACGCAACCACCGUCUUGCUGUAUUUUGUGCUGGAAUUUACGAAUACUACAACUCACAGGCUGGUAGAUAGUUCGUCUGUAUUUGACUGUCAAAAGUUUUCACGGAUGCCGCCGUCGAUGAAGUAACGAAAUGGGGAACAAAAAUGACGGACUUUGGAUCAUAUCACCUGGACAGGGUGAAGUUUUCCGGCGAAAAAAAAACUUAGAUUGGAUGACACGAACGACUACUAGCAUGACGGAUACUGACAGAAGGCGAGCGCGUAGAGGGGUCCGCGGAGUUGCAUUCCGUGCAUCAGUGGGUCAGCACAGCGGUGGACCUGCGAAGUUUCGACAAAACAGCUCUAACUUACAUUCAAUGGCCAGGAAACAACCAGAAUGAUACGGUUGACUGGCUCUCACCCGUCCCGAUCUCAACCCAACUGAGAGUAUACUAGGAUUGUUGUCGAAUGUAUCAGUCAAAUGAUCUACUAGGAAAGGCCAUUCAGCAAGUCCGGGAUGCUUUGCGGGAAGCGAAGUUGGGAAUUUUAAUUAAGAUCAUGAACGGACGUUCUGUUGAAAGUCUGCAACGAAAUAAAUACCAGAUAUCCUUCCAGAUUUAAGCGUUGAAUAUAAUUUGGGUGACCUUAUAACUGUGGAACAGACUGUAGUACGACAGUUUGACCGUCGUUGCCGACGAUGUCCACCGGGGUGAAAGCAGGAACAUUGACCGGUAGGAUCCCUGUUGGUAGCCCUCCCGGUACUGAAAUCGCCCGGCUCCGUAUCUUACGGGACCGGUGGUAAUGGGGGAUAUACGGGUGGGGCACUUGUGUGCAGGCGUCAGUGACGUUUAUAGUGUGUGCCCCGAAUUGAUGCCCCUGCUAAAGUCGUAGUCAAAAUUAAAUAUGGCAAAAAAUGAAAGAAAGAUAUAAAAACGAACGUGGAUACUGAGUACGGUCGGCGGAAUGAAUGCAUCCUACCUCCAGAUUGGGUUGGGCGUUCCUGAUUUUCCGAAAAUAAUAAUUUAUUGCCACUAAGGUCACAUGUAUGUUAGAAACUGAAGCAGUAGUUGUGUGCUAGACGCGAAUGUUGUAGUAAGCAAUGUGUAGACCAAUUAGCCGGGAGGGCUACCAACAGGGAUCCUACCCAGAGACCUGUGCAUAAAUUAUUUUUUGGUAGAAGUAGACCCGCGCAGCACCUACCGCAUUCUCUCUCUCUCUCUGCCUCUCCCCCCUCUGGGCCCGGUGUUAAGACCAAGUCGGGAAGACCGGAGGCGGGUGAGGACUCAGGUGACUGACUCGACGAAGACCCGCGCCUAGGUGUACCACCACACACUCUAGUGCACAACGCACAGCGACCAGGACCUUAGGCACAGCAAGAGGGGGGGAGCGACCCAGACCACAAGACGUGGGAGUGUUAUAGAAGCCACAUUAAGAAGGAAUUAUUGCAGCCUGAUUGUCAGUUUACCAUCCCACACAAACACACAGUGGGCUGACUGAGCAAUCCCACCAGUUGGCAGUCUUGCAAGCCAUGCCAUUUAGCCCAGUGUGGUAGCUUCAAGCGCGUCGGAGUGUUUCUAGUGAGGAAUUAUGCGCUGAGGGCCAACUUAACAGACUGUAGUGUAGGCGAUAAAACACAUGCAGACAGACACCUCAAUUUCACUAAGAAAAUAUGCGCCGGAAUUCGGUAGACAAGUGGAGAUCACUACUUUUUAACUUCAAACGUUGACAUUACAGUGCUAGUGGUCGUGUAACGGCAAGACGGUCCUCUCUUCAUAGAAACAUCUUCCCUGAUAAGGUCGUGCUUGCACUAAGAGAUGUUCCAAUUUACUUUCAAUAUUCAAGGCCAUCGAAAUUUCAGGCAUAAGUACAGCUACCUAUAUAAUUUUGUAGCGGCUAAGCUGUGAUGUGUGCGCUCAGUACGCCACAACUUCAGGCCAUAUCCCAAGUUGUUAGAAACAGGACGCCAUUUGGUUAGGACACGUUAUUCUGUACAGAAUAAUGAAGGGGAAAUUCAGCAACCGCACGAGGAUGCGUCCGGCGCCCCGGAGGCGGCGUCCGCGAGAGCGAUGAGCCCUGUGUCGCCGAUGGUCGCCGCUGAAAAAUUGUCGCUGCAGAUUGUUUACUCUAUUGUUCUGGAAUGUUCCCGCCUGUCUUACCAACCAGAGAUAGGAGUUAUGUUGAUUGGCUCCGAGCCCACGCGAAGGUGGUGACAAGCCUCGCUUGGUACAGGCAGAGAAUCGACCGAAUGCGUGGUGCAGACAGUGAAUUGCGACGAGACAAAUCGAAGCCGGGCAGACGUGCGUGCCAUAGCAGGCUGUCGCUAGGACGUAGGCGCAGGCGCUAGCGAGAGGCGCGACGUAGCCAUUAUGACUGUCCUCUACAAACUGUAUAAGUAUCCUGCCGCCCAAACGGGCCACGCGGUAAAUGCUCUGGACCAACACGGAGCCAUAUCGGAUUCUGACGGCCGUUAACGAAAUGCACCCCAUAACAAAUGCCAACAUUUUGCAGUGCCGUGGCAGACCCAGUUGCAGGCGUACUUCGCGCACACUGCGACCCCUGCCGUCCCUCAUUGUUGCUGACGGUUAAAAACGUGGUCAUUUUCUGUCUGGACCAGGGAAUGUGGGGGGAGCGCCAAGGUGCGGGCUCAGCUGUGCCAUCCACUUGCGCCCUCCCUCGCCUCCGGUCUUCUUGACACCCGGCCCAGGUGGGGAUGGAGAUGGGAGUGCGAUAGGCGCGACGCAAGUCUCCGUCCAAUUUAAACUAGGUCAUGCGCCGGUCACCGUGCUGCUUUACCCUGUCGUAGAGCACACGGUGGAUAUCGUCAACAACGACGGUCAAACUGUCGUACCCGGCUUCUAUCAUACACUUGUUAAUUCAUCGGUCUCACUACUUUUCGCGUUUGUUAGGAUAUUAGUCCACUGUGAGUGCCGUGUUAUUGACCACUUAAACAAAUCAACAUGUUGCUCCCAUUUUGGAGUUUAUUCGUAUUCCUACCCAACUUUUCUUUCAACUCAGCUUAAAAAGCACUUUUUUCAAAAUAGCGCGGUUCUCUAUGUUGAAUCAUUUUCUCCAGCUUUCACCGUAUAGAACCUCUGACAUGCUUUGACCCAGGAAUUAUGUCGGCAUGGCAGUCCCGGUUCAUUCGCCGUAGUAAAUGUAUUUAUCGCCGAUGAGUGCUUUCUCGCCUGAAAGUUUGCAAUACUGGAAAUGAACAGUUCGGCUCUUUCACCCCUAGUUAAUUUGAAUUGUUUGAAAUUACAUAAAAGAAGGCCGGCAGCAAUAGUUGAAUGUGUAAGAAAUGUUCCAUUCGUACUUAACUCCCAAAUCCAAUGUUAAUUUGCAAACAGAAGAAACUACAUUGUCUCGACGUUCGACUUGAAUGCUCACUGAUGUUCACGGAUUCAGGCGUCGAGGGCACAAACAUGGAGGGUGGAGUGGGUGAGCUGGGUGUUACCGGCUGAUGUCGACAAAAAAGCCUGAAACAGCUAUGCCGGUGACGGAGACGUUACUCAACACUUGAUUUCUAGCUGAUACGUGACCGCAUGCGUGGGUCCUAGUUUCGGAGCUACUGAGCAAGAUGGGGGGAGUGCCAGUUCACGUUCUGCAAUCAGGUAAAAGUCACUGUGUCAGACUUUGAGGGCCAGGGUUCAGGGAGUAUACACAGUUCAGCCUCCAAUACCAGGGAUCCGUUUUUGACUAAGGAGUUCACCACGCACCACUGAUUGGGGGAUUACGGGGCGCGUCGACUUCCACGGACACCGUGAAAUGGAACGUAGUACUUUAAACGGACAGUUGGCUGGCGUUUCUUGGGAAUUCUGGGAAUAGGCCGUUCUAUCAACGGCCGCUCAGAUUGUCGAUGCCGUCGCCUCUUCAAGGUAGCGGUGGCGAGCAAUCAUAGUUAAUGGCGGCUAACCGUUGCCACUUAAGGGUACCAUUCGCAGGCUUUGCGGUAUUUUAUGGGGUGGCCGGCGUAUCAAACUCCAAUCCCCCGCGCUCUGGAGGCAUUGUUGCUACUGCUUGUUCGCCAGAGCCGAGAGUCGUUUGCAGCUAACCGACCGCUAAAGGCAGUCCCGCUGUUCGUCACCAAUGGACUCGCCGGGUAGUCAGCAGCUGGACUAACGGCUGAGCCCGUCUCCCCCGUGGACUGAGGUCAGCAAACUGCAAUGUUCUUUUCUUUGAUUGCAACCUCCCCAACAUUUUACCAACGGAUGUUAAUGACUCAGAGCUCGUUGAGUCAUCGAAUGAUGCUCUACGUUUAGGGUAUAUUUUACUCAAGCACAGCUAGGUAGGAAUGAGUCAGCUUUGCUCCAACUGCUACCGAUCACGACAGGGAGUUCAAACAAUUGUGAACGAUAACCAACGUACUCUCCAUAGUUUCUUGUUUGCGCCAACCUCAGAAUAUUCCUCUGGCCGCUGUUUUUGCAUUUUCAGAAGCCGGACUGUAAAAGUGAAGUCGCAUUUUCAUUGCUAACGCAUGAACCCAUAUACCAUAUCAUCUGGAAUGGUAAUACUACUUUUUGGUAAAUCUUCCUGUUCGACCUGAAGUAGUCCCUUCUCACCAAUCCGUCUUGCUUUGCAUCCUUUAGCCGCUAACAAACCUUUCGCAGAAACGGCACAUUCUGAAGGCACUGACCCUUCGCUGCCGGAUGCCAAAUUGCCGAGCUCUGCGACAGAGUUGGCGUCGCCAGCGCCUACUGAAAGUGUUCUGACACCUAAAACAGCGCUCCCAGCUACACAACCUGGUAAGUCCACGACACGAGGACUGCGAAUUUUUGGUGGCAUUGGUUUUCAAAACCUGCUCUUUGGAAUUAGUUGUGAUUUCGAAUGGUUCACGAUUUGAUCGUCUGUAUGCAGUAAGGUAGAGGACAUGCCAGGGAGGAAUGUCGGCGACCAGAAUGUCCUACUCCAGCGUCAUCAAAACUGAUCUCUACGUAAUUAUCGGUAAUAUGUCGCAACUUCACAGGCCAGUCCAGUUUUAAAGAGCUAUUUUGCAAGCAUUACUUAGUGAAAGGAAGCGAGAUGGGUGAUUGUGACAGAAUUUCCCCCAAUAUUCUCAGGAUUUUAAUGAUGUUUUCAGAGGCUGGUACGCAGAAGGGCGUAGUUCCGUGAUAUGCCAAUCUGUCCUUAACCCCAACCCUAACCUGUCCCCUGGAAUUUAGCGCAAGGCCGCAUAUAAUGCGAGGGCUACUUAAAACCCUGCGUAAUCGGAAUACGGUCCUGGCUUAUGAAGAACUGGCACCGUUGUAGUCAACAAGAUCCUCUGCUGGGGAUACGGACGACCGAAUAAGGGUAACAUAACUUGCAAAAAAUAAUGUAAUGCUGUAAUCGCCUCCGCCGUCAGCAGCGUCCUCGUCAAGAAGUUAAACUUUUUCUCCCGAUGGGGCACUUAUAGCCGCGCUCUAACAUGAAAGGUCUUCUGGGAGUAGCCUGUCCUCUGGAAAUCUGCGGAGAGGGUUUUAGGGAUGCAUGCCUUUGUACCGUCAGCCUGUCGGAAGGGCGAAUUUAGCAGUGUGCACGCUUAUGAUUAGCAUAGUCGAGAACCGGCCGUCCGUUCUUUGUAAUUAGCACACCGUCCUCAGCAAUGACCAGCAGAAGACCUUCUAGAUGGUGGCAUUAUGACCAUGAAUUGCGUUGUAUCGAGUAGUUUUUGACUCUCUCUCCCUCCACACACACAUUCCAUCCCAACCCUUUCCAAAUGACAAGCCAAGGAUGAGACGGCUGUAGCUGGUUUGAGGGCAUUGCCUAACUUGACAAACCUCGUCUACGCGGGCCUCACACAUGUUUCUCCUUGCACACACACAAUUGUCGAGCCCCGGAAGGGACUAAGAGCCCCUGUCAAUAAAAAUCGUCCUAAGAAACUCCGUUUUUAGAGGUGAUCAUUGCACCUUGACCAUCCGUCUGAAAAGGGACGGAGCAAUCCCACCAGUUGACAACCAAUCAAACCAGGACUCUGAGGCGUUGCGAAACCCUAAGAACGCGCUAGGUUUAUUGUAGUUAGGACUACAAACGCUAGGUGGACGAAGGCACGAAGAGAACCAACCUCAUUCACUAGCCGGAAGUCCAAAGCAAGACGGUGACUGACGUCGCAUGGAGCCUCCAGCCUGGCUCCCAUUUAAACGUCAGGCUACCGUGUGGAUCUUUUAAGGAUCUACAGUCAUCCUUUAUACCCUCGGCGAAGACUUAUGGCACGAUGAAAGUGGAUUCUCCGCCACCUCCGAACAGCGACUUCAAAAUUCGAAUUCGCAAAACAGAAUAAUGAACCCUCCACAGGCUUAUUACUAAGUUAAAAUGUUUUGACAGCUUUUACGGGUAAGUUCAGCAUAUCACCAGGGUGUCUGCAAGUCCUUAUUCACUAAACCUCGUUUGUUUAUUGGUUGGUAAAUAAGUUAUUGGUUUCAAACUCACCCUGAUUCCUGGAAAACCACACACAUACUGUCGGCAAGGUGGACGCGCCAACUGAUAUCUUUGUGGUGAGGUACCUGACUAAUUUACCUUUGACAAUUUAGUCCCAUUUCCUUUGACCGCAUUGCUUGUUUGAAUGUGACGAGAAACGACACACCUGUACAACCCGCCGUGCUAGCGUGCUCUGCUGUGGUAUUCUGUUGUCAGUUUUCUUAACGUUCAAAAACCUCUAUAUUAUUCACUGCUCCGAUUUACUUGCUGCAUUUAAGGCUAGGGGCUCGUGAGAUAUAACUCGUUAGUUCGUGAGAACAUUACCAUUUACGACAUUGGUGACUCCCGACGUUUACGCAGACUUUAUAGCUUUCUGUCAUACUGGAUAACAUUUAACGUACUAUUUGCUUGUGAAUAUCUAUUCCAUUUACAUUUACUUUCCUCACGAAUUCUGAUAUUUUGACAUCUCUGUCUUAUUAUGUCUCACUCCGAUCAAAAACUUGAUGCCCCCGCCCAGUCCCUUCAUGCAAUCAAUUUUACUUUGCCUGAAUUCUGGCAACACGCUCCAGAACUUUACUUCAUCCGCAUAGAAUCAGCUUUUUAUUCUGCCAACGUUACCAAGGAGCUAGCCAAAUACCACAAACUCGUGGAGGUCCUCCCCGCUAGUGUCAUCUCUCAAGUUCAGUCUUUGCUAGCUAAUCCUCCUGCAGAUGCUCCCUACUCCGCGUUAAAGGCCGAAAUCCUCCGACUUAAUUCUGUGUCUGACCGACAGAGGUAUCACCAGUUAAUUAAGGAGGAGUCACUGGGUGACCGGAAGCCCUCAGAGCUUUUACGUCGGAUGCGUUGUCUCCUUGGAGACAUGCAAGUUGAUGAUAAAUUUGUCAAGGGGAUGUUUCUGGAGCGCCUGCCCACAGAUGUUCAAACGAUCCUGGCGUCCGGCUCUCAGGAUCUCACAGUGUCACAGUUGGCUGAGAUGGCGGAUCGAAUGAUAGAGGUGCAACGAUUCCAGUCACCUUCCGUUGCCCAGAUCUCAUCCUCAUCGUCAGUGAAUGAGCAUUUACUAAAACAGGUGUCGGCCAUGGCAGAUGAGAUGGCCUCUCUUAAAAAAUACAGCUCGCCCGCCUAACUUCCAGUCGCUCACGCAGUCGUUCUCGUUCGCGACCUCGGACUGCUGAUACUUGCUGGUACCACACUAAUUUCGGCGUAAAGGCCCGUCGCUGUUCCUCACCUUGCUCUUUUAAGCCAAAACAGGGAAACCAGUCAGCCAGAGAAUAGAUGCGACCGUUUUCUCUGGCUCCUCCGGCUCUGGUCGCACCUUCUAUGUUUGCGACACUGCGACUCGCAGACGUUUUCUGGUGGACACUGGAGCUCAAAUCAGUGUCGUUCCCCCAACUGCAGCUGAUCGUCGUUUCCCUAGUCCUGGUCUUCAUCUUCAAGCUGCUAACUGUUCCCCAAUUCCCACUUUUGGCAGUCUGUCCCUCACCCUGAACAUUGGCCUUCGUCGGUCAUUUACUUGGAUCUUUGUGAUUGCUGAUGUCCCUCAUGCAAUCCUCGGCUCGGACUUCCUUGCCGAGUUCGAUCUCCUUGUUGACUGUCGACGUGCCCGUCUCCUCGACUGCAAAACCGGUCUGUUCGUCCGUGGACUAACUCCAUUUGCUGCCCACACCAACUUAUCUGUCCUGGAUACAGAUAUUGCUAGUCCUUUUCGGCAACUGCUGCUUAGUCACCCCAAUAUAAUUAACGCCCAGUUUCGCAGUGGUGAAGUUCAACAUGAUGUUGUGCACCAUAUCCGCACCUCAGGUCCUCCCGUGUUUGCUCGACCGAGACGACUAGCACCGGAGCGUUUUCAGGCCGCGAAGGCGGAGUUUGAACACAUGCUGCAACUGGGAAUAAUUCGACCGUCCGAGAGCCCUUGGGCGUCCCCACUGCACAUGGUGCCCAAGGCAACAUCAGGCGACUGGCGGCCCUGUGGUGACUAUCGUGCCCUCAACAAUGCGACCAUCCCGGAUCGUUAUCCCGUCCCUCAUCUUCAAGAUUUUGCUGGAGCUCUUUUCGGCAAAUCGGUUUUCUCGAAGAUCGACCUUGUUCGGGCCUUCCAUCAGAUUCCUGUCGCUCCUGAGGAUGUUCCCAAAACUGCCGUCACCACACCAUUCGGCCUGUUCGAAUUUGUUCGCAUGCCAUUUGGUCUUCGCAAUGCUGCCCAAACAUUCCAGAGGUUCAUUGAUCGAGUCCUACGUGGUCUCCCGUUUGUGUACGCCUACAUCGAUGACCUCUUGGUGGCCAGUCGAAAUGCCGAGGAACACAAAGAGCAUCUUGCCUUAGUGUUUGACCGCCUCAGUUUGGCGUGGUCAUUAACCCUUCCAAGUGUGUCCUGGGUGUACCGUCCCUUGAUUUUCUUGGUCACCAUAUCGAUGCACAAGGUUUGCGUCCCCUCUCUUCCAAGGUUGAGGCCAUUCGUGACUUUCCUCCACCAACCUCCAAGCGUCAGCUGCAACGUUUCCUUGGCAUGGUAAACUUUUACCGCCGGUUCCUACCGAACUGUGCCGACCUUAUGCUGCCACUCACCAACUUGCUCUCUGGUCCCAAGGGUCCCCUUGAGUUACGUGGCCACGCGGUGACUGCAUUUGAGAGACUAAAGACCUCCCUUGCUGAUGCUACCUUGCUCACUCAUCCUGCUCCAGAAGCCCCAUUGUCCCUGAUGGUUGAUGCUUCGACCGUUGCCGUAGGAGCAGUCCUCCAACAGCAUAUCAACAACUCGACACGACCGUUGGCAUUCUUCUCCAAGAAGCUUUCACCUGCCGAGACGAGAUAUAGCACGUUUGGCCGUGAACUUCUUGCCAUUUACCUAGCCGUAAAAAAUUUCCGACACUUCCUUGAGGGUCGUGACUUCACCAUUUUCACAGACCACAAACCACUUACAUUUGCCAUCCGAUCCCAUUCUGACAAAUAUAGCCCGAGAGAGAUUUCUCAUUUGGAUUACAUCUCGCAAUUCACCACCGACAUCCGCCACAUUGAUGGCCCGAAGAAUGAGGUGGCUGAUAUGCUGUCCAGACCCUCACUGUCUUCCCUCCAACUCUCACACGGGAUCGAUCUUUGUGCCAUGGCGGCUGAGCAGCAGCGAGUCGGUUGUCCUGGCGACGAGUCUGUUAGUGGUCUUAUCUUUGUGCCAUGGCGGCUGAGCAGCAGCGAGUCGGUUGUCCUGGCGACGAGUCUGUUAGUGGUCUUCAACUCAAAGACGUUCCUCUGACCACCGGCUCUGGUACCAUACUUUGUGACGUCUCAACUCCCUUUCAUCGCCCUUUUGUGCCCGCCUCGAUGCCUCGAGCUGUAUUUCAAACUCUGCAUGGACUCUCCCACCCUGGGAUCCGAGCCUCUCAAAAGCCCCUCGCGGAAAGGUUUGUCUGGCCUGGCAUGAACAAGGACGUCAAAGCUUGGGCCCGGUCGUGUCUGAGCUGCCAGCGCAACAAGGUGCAGCGUCACAACAAGUCCCCAUCAGGCACAUUCCCCAGUGCCGACGCACGGUUCAGCCAUGUGCACCUGGAUGUCGUAGGCCCCUUGCCUCCAUCCAAUGGUUUCACCUACCUCCUUACCUGUGUCGAUCGAUAUACUCGCUGGGCUGAAGCUAUUCCUUUGCCGAAUGUUCAGGCUGAAACCAUCGUGAAGGCCUUCGUCAGUCGUUGGGUCGCCAUGUUCGGUGCCCCAUCCACGGUUACGACUGAUCGUGGUGCCCAGUUUGAGUCGGCACUCUUCCAAACGCUACUCAAUUUUCUUGGCUGCACACGCAUUCGGACGACAGCCUACCACCCCGCUGCCAACGGUAUGGUGGAACGUCUCCAUCGCCAGCUAAAGACCGCCCUGCGUGCCGUAGAAGACCCAGGAAACUGGUCGGACAACCUUCCUCUUGCACUCCUCGGCAUCCGCGCAGCUCUGAAGUCGGAUCUGGGCUGUAGCGCAGCUGAAUUGGUUUUCGGCACUACCCUCCGACUGCCAGGCGAGAUGAUCACCCCAACCUCUCGUGGAGCCGACGAGACUCCUGACAAUCUUGUGCACCGUUUGCGACAAUUUAUACGCUCGCUUUCCCCGGUUCCACCUCGAACUCCAAUGACUGAGUCUUAUGUCGAAAAAGACUUGGACAAGUGUACUCAUGUAUUCGUCCGGUGUGACCGUGUGCGCCAGCCGCUGGAAUCACCAUAUGAAGGACCGUUCCGCGUGCUCGCGCGCAACACCAAGACCUUCCGGAUUCUUCGCAGUGACAAGGAGGACGUGGUCAGUGUCGAUCGGGUCAAGGCUGCUGUUGCGGAGGAGCCGCCGGACCUGUCACAAGGACAAACGUGCUGA